CUAAUGGCAUGGCUACAUAAAGCCGGGUUAAUCAAAUAUGGGUCUUGAUUAUUAUCAGUUACUGAAUAUACCUCGAAGUGCUGACCAUGCAGAGAUAUGCAAGGCUUACCGAAGAUUGGCUUUACACUACCAUCCUUGCUGCGCUCAACCUGGAGAAGACUUCAGUGAAUGCUUUUCGGCCAUCUCAGAGGCCUACGAUGUUCUGUCAGACUUGAAAAAGAAGGCAAUUUAUGACCGAUUUGGAGAAGAAGGUUUGAAAGGUGGUGCACCAAUCAAUUCAGAAUGGACGAAGCCCUAUGUAUAUCAUGGAGAUCCACACAAAACGUUCAUGUCUUUUUUUGGAACAGAUAAUCCUUUCAACCGAUUUCAGGAAGAAAUGGACUCACAAGUUGAACAUAACUUCGGAGGUCUUAACGGUCGUGGUCGUCCUCAUCAAGACCCACCAAUUGAACGUGAAAUGUCUCUGACCCUCGAAGAAAUUUACAAUGGAUGUACUAAAAAGAUGAAGAUUUCCCGCCGAAUAAUGAAUGAAGACGGACACACAAGUAGCAUCAAGGAUAAAAUACUUUCAUUGACUGUUUUUCCUGGAUGGUAUGAAGGCACUCGGAUCACAUUCCCCAAGGAAGGUGAUCAAGGUCCAAAUACAAUUCCAGCUGACAUUGUAUUUAUUUUACGUGAUCAUCCACAUAAACAUUUCAAGCGUGAAGGAACUGACUUAAUAUUUACUUCACCAGUGCCAUUGGGCCAAGCUUUGUUAGGUUGUAUUGUAGAUGUCCCUACAUUAGACGGAAGAUUGUUACAUGUUCCAAUCACGGAAAUCAUUCAUCCCAACUAUGAAAAAGUAGUGCCAGGUGAAGGUAUGCCAUUACCUGAUAAUCCAGAGAAGAAAGGAGAUUUACGAAUUCGAUUCAAUAUUCAAUUUCCUAAAAAAUUAAGUGGCGAUCAAAAGUUAAGUAUUGAAAGAGCAUUUUUUGGAUAAUUUUACCGUUCUUGGACAAUACUAUUUUUAUCAUUUUGAAGUCAUAGUAGACACUCAUGGAUAUAUAUAUAUAUAUAUAU